AUGUGCACGAGUAAGGUACAAUAUGUGAUGAGACGAAAGACCGGUUGCAACCGGUCUAACCCGGUCUUUUUCGGUUUUUAUAUAUUUACAAAAACAUGGCAACUGGCAACUGGACUGAUCACAAAUGUGGGCAACUGGCAACUGGAAAAGACCGGACUGUGGUUCAGUCCAGUUCAGUCCUAUGUAUAUUUUCAGUCCUGUAGACUGGACCUGCGAACACUAAAGAUGGAUGAUGCAGAGAACCAGGUUCACAAUACAGGCCAUGGAGUUUCUGUGACCCAAGAUAUGGAAGAGGGGAAUGUGGACAGUGAAGUUCCACAUGCCAGCAAUGAGGUUCUGGGAGAAGGUGAUGCUGAUGCAGUAGGGGCUCCAGCUACUCUUCCACCUACCACCAAUCUAAAUGACACAAUCAUUCAUUCUGAAACGAAAGGUCACCUCUUUUCCAAUAUUGGCAAGAAAAUUUCAAAAAUCAAAUCCAAGGUGUUAUAUGGAAUUCAUAAGAAGAGAGGUAAUGCAGUUCCAUGUCACACAGGCAAAACAUUUCCUGCCAGUGUCAUGGAGUAUCUGGGGUCCUAG